CAGGGCACCCAACUUCACACAAGGCCUCCUGUCAGCAUGCCGGAUACCGGCACUGUCAAAUGGUUCAACUCGCAAAAGGGCUUCGGCUUCAUCACGCCCGACAGCGGCGGUGAGGAUCUCUUCGUCCACCAAUCGGCGAUCCACGCAGAGGGCUUCCGCUCGCUCGGCGAGGGCGAGAAGAUCGAGUAUGUGCCGGUGGAGGAGGACGGCAAGAUGAAGGCCACCAAUGUCACGGGCCCGCAUGGAAACUAUGUCAAGGGCGACAACGGCGGCGGCGGCGGCGGUGGCCGAGGCGGCCAGGCGAAGCCGCGCGCUUGGCCCGAGGGCGUUGAGCCGUCGGAUGGCAAACAGAUCGGAAAGGUCAAGUGGUUCAACAGCGAGAAGGGGUUUGGCUUCAUCGCGCCGCGCAGCGGGGAGGACGACCUCUUUGUGCACCAGUCGGCAAUCUCCGCGCCCGGCUUCCGCUCGCUGAUGGAGGAGGAGGAGGUCGAGUUCAAGGUCAUCGAGGAGCGCGGCAAGAAGAAGGCGAUCGACGUCUGCGGCCCACAUGGCGAACACGUCCAGGGCGCGCCGCGCAACGGCGGCCGCCACUCCGGCGGCUACUAGACGCCGCGCCGGCGCCUCUUCCCUCCGCGGCGACCGCCAGCCGCCCGGUGCCUUUGCUCGUCCCGUGAUUAACCAGAACUGCCGCGCGGGCUGCCGCGCUGCGUCGGCCCGUCUCCGCGUCUCCGCCCGUCUUGACAUUUGUUGGAACCGCCUGUCCCGCAUCCCACCCGCAUCCUGCCAGCAGUGAACCACAACUCAUCACCUUGCAGUCUUGCCGCCAGCCGGACCGGCGGCACCGCCUAUGCCUGUGCUCAUGUUUGUCUGCGCUUCACCGCGUGUCGUGCGCCGCCGCCCCUCUCUGCGGUGCGCGCCGCACGCCUGACCUGCCAGCCCGCCCUCUUUUUAUAUACUAGAAGAUUUGCCCCCCUC